CCGGGUUAUAGCUCUGUAAACAAUAACAUGAGGGCAAAGCUGGCAUAGUGUAACUUUACCAACACGCCAGUCGUCCUCUGGGUUUCUACGUUUACUCCGGGACAUUAUUACCGUCCGUGCUCCUGUCCGGUCAUGUUGUUCCUCCGGGCAGCGGCUCUCAGCCGCAGAGGUCUGACCGCUCUGCGCUGCCUGCCCGCCGGCUGCACCACCUCCAGAACUACCGCCACAUACACCCAGGGCCAGAGUCCGGAACCACGUAUCCGAGAAUACUUCUACUAUAUUGACCACCAAGGACAGCUUUUCCUCGAUGACACGAAAGUGAAGAACUUUGUAACCUGCUUCAAAGACAAACAGUUCCUGGUCUUCUUCUUCAAUCGGCUGCGCGCAAAUCAGAGCGGCCGUUAUGAGGAGGACUUCCCCUUCUUGUCCCUGUGUGGCAGGGAGAGGAACUUCCUGCGCUGCGAUGACCGUCCUGUGGUCUUCACCCACCUGUUGCCUGGAAUCAUGGGAGAUCAGGAGCUGCUGUCGUACUGCGGCGGGGCAGAGAAGCUGUCCGCUCCGUUCCGCCCAGAGGCGCUGUACAUGCAUCCUGUCACAGGACGGGUUUACCACCCCUGCUCAGAGCGCGGGGGCGGUGUGGGUUUGGUCAGGUCAGCCCUGGCCAUCGAGCUCAGCCCGUUUUUUGUUUAUGCUUCAGAGCACGGCCAAUCUGGACAGCCUACACACUUUGUGUGGAAAGGGCAGAAGCACUUGCUGACCAAUGAGCUUGCAGGAUGUUUCCUCGCUGUAGAGGAUGGCAGCGGGGAACAGGGAGAACUUGGAUAAUGACCACAAUUGGAGAAAGAUGUACCUUAGAUUUUGAAAUGCUGCCCACAUACACCAUCAGUGUCCCAUAGAGUCAGUGGGAAAAGAUGACCACAUUCUCACCACUUUGAUGGCAGUGUGACUGAUACUGUUUGAAGCCUGAGCUGAUGUGUCCUAACCUAAUUUAAGUGAUGUGUGAGAGGUAGACUGUCAUAUUCACUGGUGAUGCAGUGAGUUCCUGACUUUUUUUUUUUUUUUAACUUUUCACCUGUUAAACAAAGCAUCCUCUCUCACUAUUACAAGUUGCAGUUCAAGCAAGUUUUCCCUUUAGAUUCCUUGGAUUCAUUUGAAUCAUAUUUAUCUGAAGAGCUAUCCAGUGUGUCACAAUGAAAAAAAGAAAAAGAUUAUUGCACUGUAAUUGAAUGUAACAGAAAUAUAUCUUUUUCAAUUUCUUUUCUCA